AUGAGUAACACACCCCUGCAAGACGUGCCCUUACAGGGUGUGUCAUCAGCAAGUGUCCAGACUGUGACCUCCAGGACCCUCCUCCAGCCCACCACAGACCCUUCUGCCUCUAGAAGAGUCAGCUUCUACAGGAGUGGGGACACUCAGUUUGGUGGGCAUCACAUGGUCAUCAAUGGCCGCACCUUCAAGACCUUCGAUGCCCUUUUAGACACUUUGUCCAAGAAAGUGCCUUUGCCCUUCGGGGUGCGCACCAUCACGACACCGCGCGGGACGCACCCUGUGAGGACUCUGGAUGACCUCCAUGACGGUGGAUCUUACGUGUGUUCCGAUCAGAAGCGGAUCAAGCCCCUCAACCUCGACGUGGUCAACCGGAGGCAGGUGCCUUGGAACACGACCAGGCCGGUGAGCGCUGGCCGGAGAAAGCAGAGGGGUCUCCCCGCAGUGCCACCGGGGAGAAGGAACCAAGGGGUUAACAGGCCAUCUAGGAUGGCCGAGAGCAGGCUGGCCAUGCGGACACCAAAGAGACUUGUGGUCUUCAAGAAUAGGGACCCUAAUGUCUGGCGCACCAUCAUGCUGCAUAAGAGAACCGCCCCUUCCUUUGACGCCUUGUUGGAUUACCUUUCUGAGGUUCUGCAGUUCCGUGUCGUCAAGGUAUACACACCGGAUGGCAGGAGGGUUGACGGUCUCCCUGGACUCAUUCUAUGCUCCGGGGUGAUUGUUGCAUCAGGCAAUGAGCCCUUCAGACCUGGAAACUACGAUCCCCAGAGAUCCUCACAGAUGGCCCAGCUGAGCAACUCAGAGUCUGUGGAAACCUCCAGGUUGCAGCCUCUGACUCACAAAAAUAAAUCGUCCUCCAGUGGAACGAGGUCGAGAAAUUUCUCCUUGUCGUCAGAGAGAUACUUUGUGAAUCAGAUAAACAAGUCUUCGAACGGAAGUUCCAAUGGCCAUCGAGCUCAGCUGUCAAUCGAGGCAGAUAUCGACCACCGCGGUCAGGGGUCAGUGGACAUGGAGACCUGUGCACGGCCAGAGAGCCGACAGCACACCUCCAUCGUGCCGCAGGACGACGACAUCGAGAAGUCCUUCCGGGUCAACGAAGAUGGCAGCAUGACGGUGGAGAUGAAGGUCCGACUGACUAUCAAGGAAGAGGAGAUGAUCCACUGGACGACCACGCUGAGCCGCUCCUGCAUCAGCAACCCCCAGAGGACACCGUGUGCUUCCAAGUCCGGGUCGGUCAACAGCUCCCCUGACUCUAACAACGCCCUGCCCAAAGACUCCACAGCCGCCAGUGAGGACAGGGAAGACGAAACCAAAGAGGACAACCGUCCGACCAGGACAGCAAAGGGGGUGGCCUUCGCUAAGGAGGGAGGCUACAACAAAUGCACAGCGGCGGCCAUGGACAGGCCCAACUCGAAGAGGACCCCGACGCCGGGCAUCAGCAACGCGAGGAGGAAGAGAGCCUCGGUGGAGAGUGUGAAGGUGGUGACCGAGAACGGAAUUCAAGAGAGCACCACGGGCACCUAUUCUUACACGGAGAGGAACGCAGACGGGGAGAUGACGGAGGGGUACUGUGUGGUCCGACAGAACACCAGCAGCAGCAGGCCGGGGCCCAAGCCCAGACAAACGGGUUCAGCGGGGCCCAGAUGUAACGGCUCUCCGUCCCCCCUCAAGUCGUCGGGGGUUGCCGAGGUACUGCAAAUUCAAGGUGAUGGGAUGGAGAUCACGGAGACCGUGAUGCACAUUUACGAGGGACAGGGCUGCUACGACAACUAUUUUGCGAAUUCCCAGUACGCCAUGGAGGGCGGGCCUGAGAACAUGCCCCGGAGUAAACCAGCAUCCACAGACUCUGGGCCACGUUCAUCCAGCAAUGAUGUGGAUUUCACCAGGCAAUCGUCCAGCACCGACUCACAGCACAGAGGGAGAGAGGAAAUCCUGUCUUUGUCAUCAGAGCCCACGUCUCCCUUACAAAACAUUAGCAAUAACCUCUCCUCUUUUACUGACAAUGAGGCCCACGCUUUGGCGGGCUCACGGACACGUUCUCCUCCCAAGGACUCGGAAUGCUUGAAGUCAGGGUCGGAAGAGACCCCAGGUAAAGUAGAGAAGAAAAAGAAAACGGUCAAGGUGAAACCCAAGCUGAAAAGUCCGACUUCAACGACCAGCUCAGAUAAGAAACAAAAGGACAACGUAGCAAGCUCUUCAAAGAGUACCAAAAAUAAUUCCUCACCUGACAAGAGUAGUACCUCAGGAAAGAAGAGUGGGACUGGAACCCAAAGUGACAAGGAGCUUCAGAACAGUCCCAAAAUGGAAAAAGUUAAGAAAAAACACAAAGCCAGUGGAGAUGAAAGUCCCACCACGAAAGUUAAGAAAAAACUAAAAACCAGUGGAGAUGAAAGUACCACCACGAAAAAAAAAGGUUUGGCACUAAACCUAGACAACGUGAAUGGGACGUCUUCUAAAAAACAGCUAUAUAUGAAUAAAAAAGAAGCUAGGGAUAGCUUACUUAAUGUAAAUACACCCGAUUCAGGAGUAGUGAGACCCGCAAUGAAGAAGAAUAUGUUAUACAUUUUACCUCCCAAACACCUUGGACAGGGCAAAAAGAAAAUCACAAAGCAGAAGUCCAUGAACGAGAACAGACUAGCAUCUCCAAAACUGAAUUUAGAGUUGAGUGAGAGUGUAUCCAUGCCCGUCCUUCCCUCUGCACCAUCAGAUGCCCAAGAGUAUGUGGAAAACUGGCUUCAGAAAAUCACCGCAGAGCCUGUGCCCUACGCAGAAGAGGUAGCCUCAGCCGAAUCCGAUCAGGGAACUAAAGUUAUUUUCCAAAUAGGUGCCGAUUCGGAAUCAGAAGUUAAGGCUGAAGAAGGCCAAGAUUCCACAGGAGAUGGAUGUCUUUCACACGAAGAAAUUCAUAAAUCCAUGUCCUGUUUAUCGGUUCCCAUUGCCUAUGAGGCACCACCCUCAGAUUUACUAAAUACACAGGCAGCACAGAGAAAGGGGCUUUGUAUCUCAAUGCCAAGCGUCCGAAUAGACCCCAAAGAACAAGAAGGCCGACUGAGAAUGCACAAAUCAUCGGCGGCCAUCGUAGUAGAGCGCGAAUCCCCUUCCACGACCAACCACCUGAGCCCCACGGCGACAAUAAGACCUGUCUUACGACAGCUUUGUUCAUCCAUCCAGUCCUUAAGAAGGGCCUCCGGGCCUGACAACCUCACCAGCCUGGAGAAGUCCCGCAGCGUGCCUGACUUCUCAUCGCAAGUGGCGUCGGUGUUCGGAUCUCCGUCGAAAGCUCUCCUCUCGUUCCUGUCUGUGAGGACCCUCAGAGAGAGCUUGAAGGGCUCGGCGGGCGACUCCUACGGGGGCGACUCGCAAAGCGGCUCGGAGGCCCUGCUGGUGAUGGAAUCCCUGCAGAAGAUUUCCGCCAUCGGUGACGAGGAGGAGCUGAGAGCGAGCCUCUCGGAGCUCCAGAGCAGGACCUCCUCUCAGUUGAGGCAAAGCUGGAAGGACUUCCAGGAGCGGCGCGACGUGCUUGAAAGCCAACCUCUUUCUCCCAAGUUUUCGGAGCAAGAAUUUGCCCUGGACGUGGCCUCUGAAGCCGGCGAGGAUCACAGCAGUCACAUGUUUGAGAUGGAGGAGCUCAUGGAGGAGCUGGACAUGCCUCAAGAACUCAGAGAGCAGCUGUCAACCUUGGUUGGGGCCGGGCCAAAAAUGUACCCUCAAUAUGAGACUGACGUGAGUUGUGCUGAAACUCUGAAAAAAAUACAUCACUCUGACUCGGAGGAAGAUCUGGAAUUGUUUGCUGGGGAACGCGAUAAGGCUUCAGAGGUUGAGGCAGGGCUUGAGGACAGUCAUGUAGCCCAGGCUGUACAGGAGCAAGAGGGAAGGGAGCGUAGCAGUGUCGAGCCUGAGGAGGGCAACAAUCCACACAACAUCAAUGAGGAUUUGGUUGAGAAAGAGGCGGGUGACACUGAAACAGUGCAAAAUUCAGAACACCACACAGAGUCUGAUGAUGGUGGAUUAACAGAAGCUGACAGGACAGAAUCAAACAGAGAACCCGAGAACCCAGCUAAACAGUCAGAAGAUGACGUCAAUGUCUGUGACUCAGCUGGAUCCGAGCCUGAGGAGGAGAAAGAGGAAAGAGUUGAGGGAGAUGAAGAUUUGGUGACGGAGACAGAUGAGAAAGUGGACAUGGAGCAACUGCAGGUGGAGGCAGAGGAAGAGGUGAAUCAGAUGGAAGGGGAUAUGGACAAGGAGGAAGUGCAAAGUGAUGGGGAGGACACGUUUAGGGGAAUGGUGGAGGAGGAGAAAGUGUCAAAGGAGAUAGAGGAGGAUGACGACAGGGACGAGGAAGGGAACAUGGAGGAAGAUGAGGAAAUGCUGGGGGCACGCACCAUUACAAAGAUACUCGAAGAGGCCACUUACAUGGAAAAGAAGAGUAGCUGUGAAGAGGGUAAAAAUAGCAUCGAAGAGGCAGAGACAAAAAUGUCUGAAGAUGGAGAUUUGAAUUCAGGUUCAAACGACUCAUCACUUGAGAUCAAAGAAUUGGAUGGGGAUGAGGGGUGUUAUGGUCAGGGCACGGACACUGCGAAUGAGCUUAAAAUGGAAGGAGAGGAAGAAGAAGAGGAUGAUGAAGAGCGCAACCACAGUACUUUACCUCACCCGGUGGAGAUAUCACAGGAACUGCUUGACUUUGUCAACUCUGCCCUGAUGUCAUCCUCCCUGACCUUUACAUAUGACUCCAAAGGCAAUAUCCGUAUUGAACCAGAUAGUGCCCGUAUUGUACCAACAAAAGAAAUGCUCAUUCCCAAAAAGAGAGAGGAUAGUCAAUAUGGGAAAAAACGGCUUCCAAGUCCCAACACGUCAGAUCUUUCUGAUUACAGACCGGAGACCUCAGAGAGUGGAGGGUACAAGUCCCAGGUGUCUACAGACCUGUCCACCGAGAGCGGAGAGGAAGACUUGAAGGCCCACUCUUCUGUCCGAGGAAAACAUACAUUCAAUACUUCUAAUGGAGGCCUGAACAGGAAACUCACACCCUCUGAAGUAUCGACAGGAAGUAAAGCAGAAAUAUUUAAUCCCAGACUAAAAAGUGGAGGGAGUUUUACCUCUUAUGACUCUAACGCUAGAGCGUCAGCUGAAGACUUGUCCUAUUACAGUGCUGGAAGCUCAUCCAAACCUGACCCAGAGCCUGUGCGGAGAAUUCCUUUCCACACAGACGCUGACUCUGGUGACGGGGUUCUGAUAGACCAAGGUAGGUGGCUCCUCAAAGAGAACCACCUCAUCCGCAAAUCCCCUCCCGUCUCCACGGGGAUGUACAGCAAUCUAGACAACACGUCCGCAGACACGGCUCAGAGCAAUUCAAGCGAGGACCUUCCUCACCACCACUGUGCGAACCAACAUUCCCCGCUUGCUGUCCUCUCCUCCUCGGAGCUGGAGGAGAUGGCUAAGCCCGCCACUCCCAACUGCUCCUACUACAACAUGCCACACGGCAGCGACUCAGACCCUUUCCAGGAUGACCUCAGUGUAAGCAGUAGGAGGGUCGAGUCCCGGGUAAAAAGAGACGUCAGGGUGUCGCCGACCGUCGACACCUCCAAGACGUGGGUGAAGAAGAACGGCAGCAUGUCGUCGUUUGCGUCCGUGGAGUUCAAGAUGGCGGACGGCAAAGUGCACCCUGAGGGAGCACGCCUGGCUGUGGAACAACCCAGCCGCUCUCAGAACGUAGUGAGGAGGGCUCUGCCAUCACGGGAAUCACUGGAGUCUCUGCAUGUCAACUGUGGGCAGUACUGUCCUAUACUUUAA